AAGUUUACCGUAGUCUCGAAAAUAAGCAAUCUCCUCCGUCAUCAAUUUGGACCUUCUUCAAAUGCUUCCAAAUUUAUCGAUCACUCAUAUUGCAUCCGACAAGGCAUUGUUACGAGCGUGACGAGGCAGUUAAAAAGGAAUUUCAAG